AUGUUUUCUAAACAAUUUCUAAUAUUUUUCUCGAUUGGAUUACUCAAUGUUAUUUUUUGUGACACUGACAGCAUGGGUAAGCUGUAAGUAAUGCAAAUUAAAAUAUUCCUACACCUUUCUGAAAAAUUCAUAUCAGGUUUCGAACGCUGUUGACUCGACAAACUGGAGCUCCGGUAUUCCGUGCUCUCCAGAAGCAGUGGAUUGAUCGAAAAACUUUGACAGUUAUUGUUUGUGGGGAAACUUUAGGAACUGGUAUGUCUAUAGUUAUUGUAACUCUCUGAAAUAUGUACAUAUUAUUUUGUGAAUUCUAGAUUCAUUUGGAUAUUACGCACUGGCGGAUUACAUUGCUUAUGAGGCAAACCGAUAUAAUAAUAGUUUCACAAAUAUUACAGAAUUUCCAGCCGAAGAUUCGAUGUUUAUAGAAAAUUAUGAAUUUGAAAUAAAAAUGCAAAGUUCGAUGCAUUUCCAUGAUAUUCGAAGAAUCAAAUCCAACCAAGUUGAUAUUAGACCAAGCUUGAUUUAUAAACCAAACUAUCAUCUUCAAUACGUUGAAAUAUCUGGAAGUUGUAUGGACUCGAAAAAUUUCAAUAGAAGUUUGAUAGUUGAUGAAUGGAUCCCUAAAUUGAAAAUUGUUAACAAAACUGCGAGAGAAUUUAUGAAUGAAAUCAUCGAAAAAACACCGUUAGCUGAGGAUGGAAAUUUUUUUGAUUAUAGAUCAGUAGUUUAUCACAAGAGUUUCAAUGCUUUUUCAGAAUAUUAUUUUGGAUGGGUUACUGAAUUUAAGAAACACUUCAAACAUCGAGCUGAACUAAAUUCUGUCAUUAUUUUUGAGAACAUUGAUCGUAUCCUUUUUCGAACUUCACAUGUUUUCGAAAAUAUCAAAAACAAUGAGAAAACUGAAGUUUGGCAUUUUAUUAUUGAAGCAAUUUAUGAUCAUUCGCCUGUUUAUUCGAUGCCAGGAAAAUUUGAAGAGAAAUGGGCGAUUCGAGAAAUGCAUUUUAGACCGGAUUAUAAUUUAUUUCAUAAUAUUGGAAAGCAAAGGGAUGCUUUGAUGGAAGAAGUUGAUUUUUUGAUUGAAGAGUGGGUUGAAAAGAAAUUUUCUGAUAAUUUUCUAAAGGUUGAUCACUAUCCCAAAACUGCAGUACUCAAGUCCUAAUAUGAGUUAUGAUUUGGCAACGUUUAAAAGAAGAUUAUGAGCUUUUUUUUUAGAAAUGUCAAAUUAUUGGAUGAAACUCAAAAUGCAUUUUGCCUUUUAAAGGGUUGGUGCUUCGCCAGGGAAUCUUGCUUGGUUUAGAUAGGAAUAAGGUGCUCCUGGAAGGUUCCAGUUUUAGAAAAAAUUCUAGUAUCAAUUCAGCCCAUGUUUAAAAAAAAAAACACAAGCGAGUUAAAACCUACGAAAUAAAACAUGUAAAUGCGCUCUAGCGCACAACUUGUUUUUGAAUUUUUGUGUGUGUGUUUGCACACAACUUUGAACACAACACUGUGACACCUUUUUGCAGACGAUUUUUUCACCAGAGAAGCACCAACCCUUUAAAUUCUAUUUUUUUUCAGAAUAGAAAACGUUGCUGAAAAUCGUCCAAGCAACAACCUUCCAAAACUCGAAUGGUAUCAACAAGUCUUGAGCUUUGAAAAAGCUGAGUUACUUCCAAAGUAUCAAAAUGAUUCGGAUCUCUUUACCAAAGUCUUCAAAAUUCCAUUAUCAAUAAAAGUAAUUGUUUUUUCAAAAUUCUGCCAAUCCUAAUCAAAUUUUCAGCUAGAAAAAUGUGAGAAACUACCAAAAGAAGAUGGGAGAAAUAUAAAAGUCAUUUUGAUUUGUCAAUUUUGGAGUGACAAUCAGAAUCGAAAAUUAUCAAGGCAAUUAAAAAUGGAAGUGACUGGAGCAAUGGACUAUUAUGAGAUUGAAGCAUAUAUUUCUUAUAUCAAAAUAAUUGAUCAGAUUAGAAUCAAAGAUUCUGAAAAUUUUCCAUAUUAUGUUGUAAGUGAAAAAAAAAACAACUUUCAAAAAAGAAAUUAUGUAAUUGUUGCAGUCAGGAUUGGCUAACUCCAAAAAAUCAUGGAUAGAUCACAAUUAUAUUGCUAGAAAUAUUACUAGAUUAUUGAUUGGACAAUCAAGUUUUGAAUAUUUGAAUUGGACAAAUACAUCUGAAACUUUUGAAAAAUUAAUUGAAAACAAUAAUUUCGAUUUGAGGAUUUGUAACAACUCCUAUAAAGAAAACGUAGCUGAAGUAUUCAAAAAAUACCUGCAAAGAAAUCAAAGAACAACAAAACCAAUGAUUUUCGAUGCGGAAAUAUUUACAAAAAGUUUUAGAUCGAGUAUAGAAUUCAAUGUUUCCUACACUUCUACAAAUUCUAUGGGAUUUUUUAUGACUGAAAUUUAUCAGUUUGCUGCUGCACAUGAUGUAUUUGGCAAUUGGAAAAUUAAAUCUGUUGGAAUUGAGGGAGCUUGUAUUUGGGAUAAGUUGAUAGAUUUGAAGUUGAUAUAUCCAAUUGAAAAUGGAUUGAUGAAUAUGAAUAUUUCAGGGGAACAUGAGGUCAAGACAUUUAUCAACGAACUUAAGUAAGAUUCAUGGGGGAUCCUGGAAGCCUAGAAAAAUGUUACUAGCUAAUUUUUGCAGAAAAACAAAUUCCAAAAACUUUGAAGGAUACAUUUUAACGAAUCCAAAAAUCAGUCAAGUUUAUCGAAAUCAGGAUUAUCAACAUUAUACGAAUCAUUUUCUAGAAAUCAAUAAAUUGAGAGACAAAUCGGAUCCAACAAUAAUUAUGAACAAAGAAAGCCAUAUAGUUUUCAGAUUGUCAAUGAUUUUUGAUCAUUUUAUUUUGAAUUCAAAUCGAUCGACAAAUGAUGAAUGGAUUUUUUUGAUAGAAGUUAUUCAAAACUCUGAGGGUCUUUGGGAGAUAACAAAACUAGUGAUGUCACCGAAAUUAGAAAUUCUUGUGAAUAAUAUUAUUCCAAAAAGAGCUGCUAAUUAUCAUAUGAUGCAAAUUGAUCAAGAAUAUUUGGAAAUUAUUCAGAAGGUGCCAAAGAUGCCUAUAUUAAGGAUAUAAAAGUGGAUUUGAAACAUUGUCAAACGCUAACUUUCAACCAUACAGUUACAGAAUACAAAAAGUUUUUGCCCAAAUUUUCGGCUUAUUCAAAUUUGGCUGCUCCUAAAAUCCCACUAAAAAAUUGGAAAACAAUCCCGAAAGUCAAACUAGAUGGGUUUGAAUUUGAAAUUAGUUAUGAGUAUGUGAAGAAUGGAAUGGCGAAGGCUUUUGUAGUUAAACAUUUUGCGGAAUAUGUAAGAACAUGUAAAAAGUGAAGACUUUUUCAUGAAAAAAUUUCAGAACUUCAAAUAUGGGUAUUAUUACGAUGUGAAACUUGAGAUAACUUGUCCGAAAGCUUUGUUCAAACCAGGAGGUGAAUUAAUUGGAGCAUGA